CAUGGAGAAUAAGGAAAGUAAUGCUAAGGAUGCAAAGAGCACCUCGGAUGAAGAUGACAGCGGAGGCAUAAUUCAACAGAAAACUCAGGAAGAAAUUCUCUUUCAUGAGGAAACCAUUGAUCUUGGUGGAGAUGAAUUUGAGUCUGAAGGAAACGUAACUGUAUCAGAAGAUUCCAAUAAUUUUGUAGAUAAACUUAAUGAACAAAUGAUGGAGAGUGUCAUUAUUUCAGAUUCUCCAAACAACAGUGAAGAUGACACAGGUGAACUUGGUUGUCUCCAGGAGAUUGUAGAACAAAUGGAAGCUAAAGAUAAUAAAAAAACAGAAGCAGAAGUGGAUAAAGAAGAGUUUAUAAGUAAUGAGAGUGAAACUGAACAUGAAGAAACACCCAGAGACAUUUCUGAGAUUGGAACAGAUGAUCAGGCAUCUUUAAAGGAAGAAUCAAUUCAGGAAGCAGUGAAGGAGGAACCAAAGUUGGGAAACAACAUGCCUGUUGAAACAAAAUCAAAUAAUAUUGAUGAAAGCAAACCUGAGGAUCAGAUAUCAUCACCCAGUACUAGCAAACCAUCUUCUGAAGCUGAGCCUAUUCCUGUGUGUACCAUCUUCAGCCAAGCAAACAGUGUUAAUACCCAGCCACAGUUGUUCCUACCUGAUGGUUUUGAGCCUCAGAUGGUAAAAUCUCCCAGUUUUAGUAGUACAAUUGAGACUCCAGUGAAGUCUAAUCCACAGGUGGUUCAACCAAGUCCUAGUCUAAGCAAGUUCUUUGGCGAUACCGUUAACACUAAUACUUUAGCUUCUGAUUUUUUUGAUUCAUUUACCACAUCCAGUUUUAUUUCUGUUAGCAAUCCCAAUGCAAGCUCUUCAGUUCCAGAACAAAUGUCCUCCCUUGCUAAUGGUGGAGACAGUUCUUGUGCUUCAUCUAACCCAGCUUUCUCUGUGCGAAAUGGCAGACCUGAAGCAGGUGGUCCUCCAUCAUCUCUAGAAAUAACUCAAUCCCCCAAGCCCUUCUCACAAAUCCAAGCUGUUUUUGCUGGCAGUGAUGACCCAUUUGCCACAGCCUUAAAUAUGAGUGAACUAGAUAGAAGAAAUGAUGCUUGGCUUGCUAGUGAGGAAACCAGAAAUGUUCUAAUUUCAGUUGCCACACAACAAUACAGCACCGUGUUCAUAGAUAAAGAGAAUCUCACCAUGCCUGGAUUAAAAUUUGAUAAUAUCCAGGGAGAUGCAGUAAAAGACUUAAUGCUUCGCUUCUUGGGGGAGCAAGCUGCAGUGAAGAGACAAGUUUUAAACACGAACUCUGUAGAACAGUCAUUUGUAGGCUUGAAACAGCUAAUU